UUUCUGCAAGAAUAAUAUCUCAGUCAAACCAAAGGAAGGGCUAAAAUCUUGAUCUUACUAUAGGGUGCCUUGCAAAAGCUAGGCUUUGGCUUAUCCAAACAAAACCAGACUUUUGAUUACAGAAAACUAGCUAGCAGAACUAUGGGAGGAGGAACCAUGCACAUCAACUUUCCAAAGAUUCAGUUAAAUUCUUCUUCCACUACUCUCUCUGCUGUUUCUUCUUCCUCUUCACAUAAUCUUAACCUUUCAGUCCCAUCCAAUUAUGCUUCUCCACUUAGACCUUCUUCUUCUUCUUCUUCUUCUUCCUGUCAAAAUGAAAUUUGCAAAAGACUAGAAGUUGUAGAUGGAAAUGAAAAUAAAAUAGGAACUGGGUCCUUCAAUAAUUUUAUUUUGGGACCAGUUCCAUCCAAACCAGAAGUUGAAACUGCUUUAGCUGCUCUCCACAAUUACAUACAUGGGAUUUCUUCAUCUACACCAGAAUUUAAAUGGUUGAAGCCUCUUUUGGACAGCUGUCACUCGAGAGGGUUGCUAUGUCAAGGUCUUGGUAGAGUUUACGAUGGCUUCAUCUUGCUCCUCACUGAGCCAUCUGUCAAGAGGCUGGUCGUUUCAAUAUCAUCUGAUAAAGCUGUUUGGGAUGCUAUAAAGAACAACGAGUUGGUUCGGAAGCUCCUUGACUUGCCUCUCCCUGCAGUUGAAAAUGGAAGGCCUGGGAAUUCUAGCGGUGAAGCAGAGCCAGACAAUGACAUCUUGCAGUGGAUAUUGGACUUUGCAAAAGCUAAAGUCACAGAGCUCGUAUUGAAAUUCCAAUCACUUCUGAAUGAGGUGUUCCGAAGUGGUAAGAGAGAAAAACCUAAUGAAGAAACCAGAGGUCAGUUGGAGGAAGAAAUCAGAUCUUCCUUGAUUCUCUCAAUUGUAAUACUGUUGAUCGUGAUUGUAGCUCGGGUUCAAACAGUUUGAUCAAACACCCAACUUAAAUCCUCUUUCAUACAAGGUAACCAUGAAAACCAAGAGGGAAGUUCAAGUGCUCGGAGGGAGUGCAUCGGUUUCUGCAUUCUUCUUCUUAGGAUCCAAAAUGAUAAUAUAACAUCUCUCUGUAUUCAAACUGUAUACCCUAAAAGUGUAACAAUAUCAAAGUAUGUACCAAGUAAAUGAGCCUUCAAUAUUUGCCUUGAA